CAUUUGCUAUUUUGCUUUUUUCCUUUUUUCCUUCUCGAAGGCAUAAUCCCAACAGCAAAAAACUAGAGAACGUAGAUCGUGUUUCAAAUCAAUUCCCCACCCAACGAUUUGACAGUAAAUGGCAUCUUUGCUUAGGAUACGACCGUGUUGAUACGAUUCUUCGUCGAGGCCUUUCGCCGAUGACCCCCUCGAUUGACGAUUAAUCGGCUGUUCCGAUAUCUGUUUCAAUUGUAGUCAUCUCAUUUGCGAAGAUGGCUGAUUUCAAUCAGGUCUUGGCGGGUGGCGCUCAUUUUGUCGCAAGAGCGAUUGAACAUCAAGUUCGACAGGCCGUUUCGUCGGCGGACCCGACGUCCUCGGUCUUUAGUUCUGUAUCUGGCACUCCUACGCCAUCAGCAGCUUCGCCGCCUGCGACUCCGGAGCCUUCUACGGGUAACACCAACAAUGGCGAUCAGAAUAAUGGUGGCCAGUCGACUAAUUCCCCUCUACUAUUCUUUGUGGCCUUGGGGUUUGGUGUUGUUUUUACCAACCUUUGGAUCAUCGUUGGCGUCAAGUACUGCUUUCGCUACAAUGCACGCAACCGACAGCUGCGAGGAUUAGAUGAAAAUGGAGAACCUAUCAACCUCGAGAACAUGCCCGCUAGACCACAUCGUCGACGUCGAGAAAAGAAGUUGAUGACGAUGGAUGAAGUCAAUGAUAAAUUUCCUAUGAUGAAAUAUAAGGCUUGGGUCUCAGUACGUGCAAGCGAAGGACUGCCCACUGCUGGUGGUGUCUCUGCCCCGCCCAGCCGCGCCAACAGCGUAAGGAGUGUUGAAGGUAUCGUGCCGGAAAUAACGUCCAAAGAACAAGAAUCAAGCGAGGAUCACACUAAUCCUAGCUCUGUCCCAAAAUCUACGGAUCGAGAAAGGUCUCACGCCAGCCAUGAGAGUCAGGACACCACAGCCGACAGUAACCCAGCUGGCGACAACACACUUACCCACGCGCAAACUGCGGAAAGUAUAAUAAUGAAGGACCAUGAUCAUCGUGCGAGUAUCGAUGAAGAUGAUGACGACGAACAGAUAGACGCUGCUCUGCCUCCUGAACUGGUAGGUACCCAGGGCGAUACGUGCGCGAUCUGUAUCGACACGCUCGAAGACAACGACGAUAUUCGUGGAUUGACUUGCGGCCAUGCUUUCCACGCUGUUUGCAUCGACCCCUGGUUGACCAACCGGAGAGCGUCAUGUCCCCUCUGUAAGGCAGAUUACUAUACACCUAAGCCACGCCCGCCUCCUGCAGAUGGUGAUCCGGCAAGCCCUACAUCUCAUAAUGCCGACCCAUCCCGAAGCAAUGGCCGAAUGAAUAUGCCAAGGUCUCCGCAGCGUACAUUCACAUCAUGGAGCAACUUCCGGGGGGCUCCGCGUGGCAUGAUUGCGGGUCGCUUCGGAGGUGUCGGUUCGGAUUCGGCAAAUUAUAACCGGCAACCACGGGUAUGGGAGAGAAAUCGCUCAGAACACACACGAGAUCAUCAUCGUCGUCAUAAUCCUCAACCUGAGCCUCAGCCGGCUGCAGCGGAGAACGCCGGAGUUUUUUCAAGAGUUCGCGGUCGUUUCCCAACAUUCCGACUGAAUGAGCUGAUGCGAAGGGACCGUAACGGGGAAGCCCCCGAUGCAAGCGGGGUGACAGUUUCUGGUGCCAACGGCGGGGCGAACACCACACCAUCACAAUUGGAAGCAGGUAUACGACCGUCCACGACUGCAGCUAACUGAGGAAUUUUAAUAUCCAUAGACAUCGGCUUAAUCCAAGGAAUAUAUAUAAAUAUUGCAUUGUUUCAUGGUCUUUUCAACCAUAUCCUGUAUACGACAUCGCGAAAUGAAUCCGCAUACCCCCGUAUCUGAUUUCUAUAAGGUUUCCCCCUUUCCUUUUGAGGAGUUUUAGUUAGGGGCAGACAUGUAUCGUAUUGUUGUAGGGAAGUAAGGGUUUGCCAUUAUCUUUUUUUAGUGUUCCCCAGAGUCAAAGGAGUAAAGGAGAGGAGAGUGUCGUUGAAUUAGGAGGAUUCCCUGCGUGAGCCUUGUAUGUAUCUAUCUAUCUCUGUUAGCUAGCAAACAC